UAUCCCUCUAGUGGACGAUGGGCAGGUCACUGGCUUGGUGAUAACUAUGCAAGAUGGGACCAGCUUGAAAAAUCUAUUAUUGGUAUAAUGGAGUUUGGCCUCUUUGGAAUUUCCUAUAUUGGAGCAGAUAUCUGUGGCUUCUUCAAUGAUACAACAUAUGAAAUGUGUGCCCGGUGGAUGCAGCUUGGAUCAUUUUACACCUAUUCUAGAAAUCAUAAUGUGAUAGGAACUCAGAGGCAAGGUCCUGUUUCCUUUGAUGAAAAGUUUGAAAAUAUUUCCAGAGAUAUACUCAAUACAAGAUACACGCUGUUACCUUAUCUCUACACUUUAAUGCAUGAAUCCCAUGUUCUUGGUAGCACUGUAACACGUCCUCUGCUUUUCGAGUUUGUGGAAGACAAAAAUACAUGGGAUGUAUACAAACAGUUUUUGUGGGGCCCAGCACUGCUGAUUAGCCCUGUAUUGGAUGAAGGAGCCACAGAAGUGAAUGCUUAUAUACCCAGUGCACGCUGGUAUGAUUAUUACACGGGAAAAUCUCUUGAAGUAAGGGGACAAUUUCAGACAUUGCCAGCACCUCUUGAGCAUAUCAAUCUUCAUAUCCGGGGCGGUUACAUCAUCCCCUGGCAAGAACCUGGUCUUAAUACCAAUCAAAGCCGACAAAACUUUAUGGGACUUACUGUUGCUUUGGAUGAUAACGAGGUCGCUCAAGGUCAGCUUUACUGGGAUGAUGGAGUAAGCAUUGACACAUAUGAAAAUGGUAAUUAUUUCUUAGCAACAUUUGCCGCAAACCAGAGUACCGUUAUUAUGAGUGUGGUGCAUAACAACUUCCUAACUAACACAAAUCCAUUGAAAUUUGGCUAUAUGAACAUCUGGGGAAUAGGAAACCAACAGAUUACAGGUGUUACUGUCACUUAUGAUGGACAGACACAUACGAUUACUAACUUCACCAGUAACCAAGGAAAUCAGGUGCUACAAAUUGAUUUUACUGAGAAAAUAUUCAGCAUUGAAAAAUUUACACAACUUACAUGGACAACAAGCAAUUAACCAUCUGUGGACAAGAGGCAGUUUUAAAGCAUCUCCAGAGGCAUAUUUUCAUCAGCUAUUGUAUAUUGUUCAGCUAUACUAAUAGCAAAAAAAACAAAGAAAUAAAAAAGUUCUGUUGUGCAUACUACUGCACUAAGACAUGUAAUUUUGCCUGUGCCACUUAAUUCUGACAUGAUUAGUAGGGAUGUUUGCUUAGCUUGCACACAUGGGUAGGAGCCCAUUUUGAAACAUACAUGUCAUAUUAAUGAAAACACAUGUUAAGAAUUCUCAGAGAUCUUUUGCUGAGUAAUAAAGAGAGCUUAAUUUUUGCAGGUUAUUGAGGUGGAGAAAAAAGCCAGUGAAAUAUAAUAGUAUAAUUUAUCUUACUGUGUGCAAAAGAACUGAAGUUAUGAAGUUACUAUGUAUUGAAAAUAAAAAUGUAUAAAUAAAUAAAUUUUGAUUUA